GAAAACUUCUUUUCUGCUUUGUGCUUGUUUUAAUUUUCUUCAUUUCAUUGUCAUAUAACUAUAUCUAUACCCAGUGAAAUUGGUACCUACUGCUUGAAACUGUCGUCUGUUUUGGUAGCAGUAGUCAGCAUGCUUAUACUUCUAAGUGGGAUCCUUUGCCUCCUUGUGCUGGUACAAGGGGAUAAUGCCAAGAGUCAGGAAAAGCCCAGAGAACGUUUUAUAUGCACGGCUAUCCCUGCAGAUGUCAACCCAGGCUGUCCAGUACCUUCCAUCCAAGCCCAUGGACCAGGGAACCCUGAAGAAGAGCUACGCACCACUGUCGUCCAGCUCAGAGAGACUAUUCUGCAACAGAAAGAGACCAUAGGGAACCAGAAGGAAACUGUAAGGGAGCUGACAUCCAAGCUGACCCGCUGCGAGACCCUAUCUGAGAGCGCAGGGCAGGAUGGGAAACAUGGCACUUGGAGUAAGGUUUAUGGCAAACCUAGGGGCAAAGACACCAUGGGGGAUCUUCCGAGGGAUCCCAGCCAGAUCAUUGAUCAACUCAGCCGCACCAUGCAGACUCUUAAGGACAGACUGGAAAAUUUAGAGCAUCAAUUGAGAUCCAACGUGUCCUACUCUGCGCUACCUAAUGACCUUCGAGAGAUGCUUCAGAGAAGGCUGGGAGAUCUUGAGCACCAGCUUUUAAACAAAGUGGCCGAACUGGAAGAUGAAAAAUCCUUGCUUCAUAACGAGAGUGCAGCUCACAGACACAAGACAGAAUCUGCCCUCACUGCACUCCUGGAAAGAGUUAAUGAGCUGGAAAAAGGUACAAGCACGUUUAAAUCACCAGAUGAUUUCAAAGUAUCUCUUCCUCUUCGUACCAAUUAUUUGUAUGGGAGGAUUAAGAAAACAUUACCUGAGCUCUUUGCUUUUACUAUUUGUAUGUGGCUAAAGUCCAGUGCAUCCCCAGGAAUUGGGACUCCAUUUUCAUAUGCGGUGUCAGGUCAAGCUAACGAAAUCGUGUUAAUUGAAUGGGGGAAUCAGCCAAUUGAAUUACUAGUUAAUGACAAGGUAGCCCAGCUCCCAUUUUCUAUUGGUGAUGGAAAAUGGCAUCAUAUUUGUAUCACCUGGACAACAAGGGAUGGAAUGUGGGAGGCCUUUCUAGAUGGGGAGAAACAUGGCACAGGAGACAACCUGGCCCCUUGGCACCCAAUUAAACCAGGAGGAAUUCUAAUUCUAGGACAGGAGCAGGAUACGGUUGGAGGAAGGUUUGAUGCCACUCAAGCCUUUGUUGGAGAGUUGAGCCAGUUUAAUAUCUGGGACCGUGUCUUGAAAGCAGAAGACAUAGUGAACAUUGCAAACUGCUCUGCCAACAUGCCUGGGAAUGUAAUACCCUGGGUUGAUAAUAAUGUUGAUGUAUUUGGAGGAGCAACUAAGUUACCCCUGGAGCCAUGUGAAGAACGUUUAUUAGAAUUAUAGCAAGAGCCAGCUUCCGUAAAGUGACCUACUUUAUUGAGACAAUCUCUUAUGAGGUUAUUUAUCCUACAAUGCACUUAUUUGCUCAGAUGAAUUUUUAAAACAUAUUGAGAAAUAGUAGCUGUUUCUCUGUUACAAAUGGAAUUUAUUACUUAAUUAGAAAGCCAGUGAACCUUGUAUUUUCUUACAAAAAUAUAUACACUGUUUAGUUGCUUUGACACUUAUGGGAAUUACAUUUAAAAGGAAUUUUCCAUCUAAAACAUAAAUUAAAUAUUAAUAUUCACAGAGAGCCAUUUAGAAAGACACAAAUAUGCUUUUCAUUUUUAUUGAAAAACUCAUCUUGAUAAUGUCUAGAAUUCCUACAUUGUAUUAUGCAGUAAACCAAAUACCUAUGUGCUUCUCCAAUUCCCAAACUUUCAAAAACAUUCUGUCUUAUAUUAAUUAACAUGUAUGAAACCUUUAAAGUUAAUAAUAUGUUCCAUAGAAUAACAGGAAUUUUAUAGAUAUAUAUCAGUAGAGGUGCCUCUUUAAACUUCAGUAAAUCUAGGCCAGUGAGGGAGAUCAAUUUACUAUAGGUUAAGCCGGUAAUGUUUGAAUUAUAAGUGAAUGAAUGUUUCUUGUGUUCUGUAAAUGGAAUCUGAUUUCGACAGGGAGGCCUAUUUAU